GCCCACAUAACCCUGAAGUGUAAAAGUGAGAACAGAAAAUUAAAAUAUGCAUAUAAGCAUUUUAUUUAGUUAUUUGAGUGCCUGAGCAACGUAUUUCUGUAAAAAAGCAGUAAUAAAUAUUAAAAAAUUGAACACGUAAUUGUAAUGAGAAAUUGAGAAUAACUCCGCCCUUAGACGAUUACGUCAUCGGUGCGCUGAUCAGAAACGAGCAGUCUCUCAUCACGGAGAGAAGUGAGAUGGCCUUUUGAUCAGAUAUGUGCAUAAUCAGAGUUUAAAGAUCGAUAAAAAGAUAUAUUGAGACGUUGGGCUGAUCCAUCCAACAAAAAUACAGCUUAAAGCAGUAUUUCUAGAUACAUCGGGACUUUUUCUGAUCGUUAUUGAUUUGUUCUUGGUAAGUGAGCUCAUAAAUCACUAUAUUGAGUAUGGUUUAUGUGUUAUUCAGUCUUUUAUUGAGUCACGUGUUUUUAACUGGCUCUGUAAUGUAUGUUUUCAACCAAAUUUCAUUAAAAAUAAGUUAAUGUGUUAAUAUAUUACUUAUAUUAUGUGUUGAUAUGCUGUUUAAAAGAGUUUAUGUACAUUUUGUUAACUUUAUGAAAGUGAUGACUGUGACGUAGUACACGUGUGGCUUGUAAACCAUGCGGUCUCAUGUGCUAUGAGCUAAAGCUAACUAUGUGUGUGUGUGUCGCUCUAAGAUGCUAUUUUUCAUUAAUAUAUGAUGAUGAUGAUAAGAAAUGUUUGAAGGGAAAGGAUAAAUGUUAUCUGUAAAUGUGUAUUGAUGCAUUUUAAGCAUUUAUUGCAGUGAAACUGACCGUUUAAAGUGUAAAUGCUGUUAAGUGGAAACUAAUUGUGAUUUUUCUGCCUUGUCUUUGCAAGGUUGGGUUUUUUUUUUCUCUCCUUUUGUUUGUUUUUCUUCUAUCUUAUUGUUCCCUGAUCUGCUACAUAUCUCAUUGAGAUUUGACGAGGAUUUCCUUGGAUUCUGGAGUUUCAACUGUUUCUGCCAGUAAUGAGAAGUGUUUGAUAUUGGUAGAAACUGGCGAGCCAACCGGUUUAUUCGAACUUUGCACAUUUCGUGUUCAUCAAAGUGGUAGGAUUACACACAUUAUUUCUCCUGGACAUUGCCAUACCGUGAACAGAAAACGGUCUUCCAUUUUUUUGUCGUGGAGUUGCAUAUUUGCAUUAAGUUGACUGAACAUUGAACAAAUAGCACAAAGGACACUGAAUUGAGUCAAUCCUUUUAUUGGUUGAACAGUUCUACAAUUUAUUGAAAAGGUACUUUGAUUGCAUUGUUAUUAGAUAUAUAACUUACCUGAAGGUUAAUGUUCUAGUGUUUUAUUUUAUUUUUUUUCUAUAUUGAGUUUUCUCUUUUCCUGAAAAGGAAAUAGAAGGUGGUUUAAAGAAACUGUGAACUUAAAACUGGUUGUAUUUCUGUCUGUGAAAGCAACAAGAGUGUUAAAGGGACACUACUACUUUUUUUUGUGUAAAAGAAAUUUGAAGCUGGUAUUAUAUAUAAUAUAUAUUUGAAUAAUUGAAUAGCUUUAAAUCAUUUGAGAAGUUUUUCCAAGACCAGAAGACUUUUUGUACAUUUUGAAGGUUUCAUUUGAAGCUGCUAUUUUGAGUUUAUUUUGUUGUUAUUGUUUAAUUUAUUUUCCUGCAAAGAAAAAAAAUUUGAAUACAAAAGAAAUACUUACCUUUUACUACAAACGGUUUCAGUCAUUAUUUCCCUUGUCUCACUGCAACACUGGCUCUCGAGCGAAUUUAAGUCUUCUGAUCUGGUCCAUAGAAAUAGAAAGAACUGAUACUAUACUGUAGGGCGUGUGUGCUACAGAAAACUUGGCGAGCCAGCCAGGAGCCAGUUCUUGCAGCGAGGGUAACUGUUAAGAAACAGAAAAGGGAAAUUUGUAAGACACGAGAAACAAAUUAUUGAACUUGCAACUGUCGCAAUGGAAAUUGUGAAACAAGAGGACAUUAACGUGUCAAAUGCGCUCAUAGUUGAGGGCCUUACGUUAACUGAAACAGACAAUGAACUAGAAAUGUACUUGCAAAGAUAUGGUUCAAUCAACCGAACCAUAAUAAUUGAUAGCCCAGCCUCAGAGUUCCAUAGAAAUGCCAUCAUUGAGUAUAACCAUAACUCAGCAAUCCAAAGUUUGUCCCCUUCCCUACCCUUAACAUUGGGGAGCCUUUCUGACCCAGAUGCUACCUUCAGAGUGCGCGCCUUAGCUAAUGUCUACACUGAACCUGCUAACGACACUGCCACUGAAAGAUAUUUGGAAAAACUGAAAACUGUUGCCAAUGAGAGUAGAAGGCCCUUUCAAACUGUACUUCAAGAGGAGUUGUUGAAGCUCAGAGAAACCCACUCUGUUAACCAAGAUCCAGCAGAACCUCAGAGUGUAGGAGCUAUCGCUUCACCGCCGAUAAGUAGCUUCCAGACCCUCAGUCUGGCUCACCUAAAAGUGACAGAGACUCAAACCUCAGAACUUAAAAACCCAACCAAGAAUAAUGCUACAUAUGUGUCUCCCCCCUCUCCAGAAACCACCACAGAUGGUGUUACUGUGACAACCAGUUCUGCUUUCCUUACAAACGUAGUGGACCCACCCAGUGUCCAGAGAAUGGUGGUUGAACACAUAGUGAAAACAGGCGACGCUACCCUGUCACAGCAAACCUCGGUCCGUCUGAGGGUUUUCUCAGGGAGAUCUCCUCGCCCUCCCAACGAACCAGACUUUGACACUUGGCGUGCCAGUGUCGACUUCUUGCUAACCGAUCCUUCUAUCUCUGACUUGCACAGAACACGAAAAAUCCUUGACAGUCUCUUACCUCCAGCAGCCGACAUUGUAAAGCAUGUGCGCCCUCCAGCCCUACCUGCUGUGUAUCUUGAGCUGUUAGAGUCCGUAUAUGGUUCCGUUGAGGAUGGAAACGAGCUGCUGGCUAGACUAAUGAACACCCUACAAAAUCAGAGUGAGAAACCAUCAGACUAUCUGCACCGUUUACAAGUCCUUCUGAGUGCAGUGAUCAGACAAGGUGGCAUAGCAGAAAGUGAACGUGAACGUUACCUUCUGAAGCAGUUUUGCAGAGGGUGUUGGAAUGAUCGUCUCAUUGCUGAUCUUCAACUUGAAAGAAGAAAAACUCAACCACCCACCUUUGCCGAAUUAGCAGUACUCAUUCGAACCCAAGAAGACAAACAUGCCUCUAAGGAGGAACGGAUGAGGAAACAUCUUGCGAUGACAAAACCACAAAAUGCCUAUCCUAAGUCACGGGCGAUCUCUAACAAUGUGUCUGCCUGUCCAUGUGACAUGCCCAAUUCUGAUAGCUCUGAAACCAGUGUUCUGAAGAAACAAAUUGCUGAAAUUCAAGCACAAGUUACCGCUUUGAAGCAGUCUCCUGAUCAAAAGAGAACAAAGAGUCAUUCUGAGAAUGCCGAGUUGACCGCUUUAAAGAAAACGGUGGCAGAGUUAUGCACACAAGUAGCCUUGAUGAAAGCAUCGGUUACACAGGGAUUAAGACAAAAUGAUGAGUCAGAAAUAGCUAGGCUACAACGUCAAGUAGCGGAGCUGCAAAUUCAAAGUACUGCUUACAAAGUACCUCGAACUUCAAACACGCAGAGACCACUUGAAACAGAUAUGAACAAAAGUCCAAGGAUGGGACCACUGAAAGUUAAUAGACCACGACCCUGGUACUGUUUCCGAUGUGGAGAAGAUGGACACUUGGCCAUUAAUUGCGAGAAUGCUGCAAAUCCUUCCAAAGUUGAGGAGAAGCAACUCAAGUUAAGAGAACAACAAAGACAAUGGGACUCUCUACAUGGAAGGCCUGCCCAGCCUUUAAACUGAAAGGGGU